AGAACUGUCAAACUGGCAAUGUCAAGGGCGCCGAGUCCUCCACCUCUGUCUGAAAUGUCAAGUGGGCCUACGGCAGAGAGCUGGUGCUAUACCCAGAUAAAAGUCGUGAAAUUCUCCUAUAUGUGGACAAUCAACAAUUUUAGUUUUUGCCGUGAGGAAAUGGGAGAAGUUAUCAAGAGUUCAACUUUCUCGUCAGGGGCAAAUGAUAAGUUGAAAUGGUGCCUCCGAGUGAACCCUAAAGGUUUAGAUGAGGAAAGUAAAGAUUACCUAUCACUCUACCUGCUGCUAGUCAGCUGUCCAAAAAAUGAAGUAAGAGCAAAAUUUAAAUUCUCCAUUCUGAAUGCAAAAGGUGAAGAAACUAAGGCAAUGGAAAGCCAACGGGCAUAUCGAUUUGUGCAGGGAAAAGACUGGGGUUUUAAGAAAUUUAUUCGAAGAGAUUUCCUUUUGGAUGAAGCCAAUGGACUCCUUCCUGAUGAUAAACUCACAUUAUUCUGUGAGGUUAGUGUGGUCCAGGAUUCGGUGAAUAUCUCAGGCCAGAACACCAUGAAUAUGGUGAAAGUUCCUGAAUGUCGGUUAGCUGAUGAGCUUGGAGGAAUAUGGGAAAACUCUAGGUUUACAGACUGUUGCCUUUGUGUAGCAGGCCAAGAAUUCCAAGCACAUAAGGCAAUUUUAGCAGCUCGUUCUCCAGUCUUCAGUGCUAUGUUUGAACAUGAAAUGGAAGAGAGCAAAAAGAACCGCGUGGAAAUCAAUGACGUGGAGCCUGAAGUAUUUAAGGAGAUGAUGUGCUUUAUUUAUACAGGGAAUGCACCAAAUCUUGACAAAAUGGCAGAUGAUUUGCUUGCAGCUGCUGAUAAGUAUGCUCUGGAGCGCUUGAAGGUUAUGUGUGAGGAUGCUCUUUGCAGCGAUUUGUCUGUGGAAAAUGUAGCAGAAAUUUUAAUCCUGGCGGAUCUACACAGUGCAGAUCAACUCAAAACUCAAGCGGUAGACUUCAUAAAUUACCAUGCAUCUGAUGUAAUGGAGACAAUUGGUUGGAAGUCAAUGGUCUUGUCUCACCCUCAACUGGUGGCUGAAGCUUACCGUUCACUAGCAUCAGCACAAUGCCCUUUCCUUGGUCCUCCCCGCAAACGGCUUAAGCAGUCCUAA